UGGGUGCAUUUAUGGCAUGGCCGCGACAACUCUGACAGCUUGACAUGAAAAUAUCGAAAAACAAGCAAAAAUAGUGGCAAAAAAUAACAAAAAUAUCGCAUAAAAACGGGCGUGUUUCGCGGGGCGACAUUGGAGUGACCGGAGUUCGUGUCGGGGGUUCCAUUGUUCAGUUCGGUGAUGCCGGAAUCGAGUAAAACAUCGGUUUCGGUGGUGUUUUUGUGACCACCUGGCCGGGCCCCGUACCUCCUCUUUGGGAACAUUAUUAUGGGCGAGCAACGUUUUGCAAGCAGCAGGAAUUCAAGGUCUCUAGUAUUAAAUUGAGGUUUUAGCUGUCUGGUUGGCAGCACCGGAUGCCUCCAUUGGUGGGCGCCCCCUCGCCCGUCCGCCAACUGAGGCGCAUGGACCGUUCCGCGUACGAAGUCAAGAAUGCCCCCUCCUCGGCACCCAGCUGUCCUAGUACCCCUGGAUCCACACAACUUGGUGGAUCUCGAUCUACAGGACUCUGUACUGCCUUAUAUGACUACGACGCCCAGGGGGACGAUGAGCUCAGUUUACGAAAAGGACAGAUCGUGAUAGUACUGUCCACAGAUGCCAAAAUAUCUGGUGACGAAGGAUGGUGGACUGGAAAGAUCGGAGAUAAGGUUGGGAUCUUUCCGGCAAAUUUCGUCAUCGACUCGGCGGAAGAGGAGGUCAAUCACGUGGAUUCGAUAUUCGCUGACGUUAAUUUGAUUAAGAUUAACUUUAGCGAACUCAAGCUGGAAGAGGUCAUCGGCGUAGGCGGCUUUUGUAAGGUUUAUCGCGGGGAAUGGCGCGGUCGAGAAGUGGCCGUAAAGGCGGCUCGUCGCGACGCCGACGAAGACAUGAAGGUCACCAUGGACAACGUCGUAAAAGAGGCGAAACUGUUUUGCCUAUUGAGGCACGAAAAUAUCGUCUCCCUGGAGGGCGUGUGUUUGCAAGAGCCCAAUCUUUGCCUGGUACUGGAGUACUGUCGUGGCGGUUCCCUAAACAGGGUACUGGCAGGUCGGAAAAUCCGACCAGACGUGCUAGUCGACUGGGCAAUCCAAAUCGCGAGAGGGAUGGACUAUCUGCAUUGCAGGGCGCCCAUUUCCCUGAUACAUCGGGACCUGAAAAGUUCAAAUGUGCUAUUAAGUGAAACGAUCGAAAACGACGACUUUAACUACAAGACCCUAAAAAUAACAGACUUCGGUCUGGCCCGGGAAGUUUAUCAAACCACAAGAAUGUCUCAGGCAGGUACAUAUGCAUGGAUGGCGCCGGAGGUGAUAAGAGACUCGACGUUUUCAAAAGCGAGCGAUAUCUGGAGCUACGGUGUUCUUUUAUGGGAGUUAUUGACCGGCGAGGUACCAUAUAAAGGCAUAGAUACCUUAGCAGUUGCUUAUGGGGUAGCUUGUAAUAAAUUGACGCUCCCUAUACCUACCACCUGUCCACAGCCUUGGAGAGAACUUAUGGAGAAAUGUUGGCAAUCGGACCCCCAUGAUCGGCCAUCAUUCGAACAGAUACUAAAAGAUCUCGACAAGAUUGUUCACUCCUCGUUUACUCAGACUCCUCACGAAUCUUUUCAUAUUAUGCAAGAGGAUUGGAGGAUAGAGAUAGAGGGGGUACUGUUGGAACUUCGUAGAAAAGAAAAGGCGUGCAAGUCAUACGAAGAGGAGUUGCGAAGUAGAGAGGAAGACCUUAAUCGGAAUGCGAUGCAGCAAAGGAUGCACGAGGAACAACUGCUGUUAAAAGAGAGGGAACUUCAGGCUAGAGAAAUCAGUAUUUUAGAAAGGGAAUUGCAUUUGAUGAUGACCCAGCAGCCUACCCCUACGCCUAAAAAAAGGAAAGGCAAAUUCAAGCGUUCCCGCUUGAAACUAAAAAAGGAGCCGGGAUCAAUAAUUAGUUCCCCACUGGACUUCAGACAUACUCUUACGGUACAACAUACUGUGGACCCUAAACCUCCUCCUUAUCCGGGGUACAUAAACCCCACAAGCCCUCCGGGAUCGCCUGCUAUUAUACCAAGGUUGAGAGCUAUCGCACUCCCCGCGGACGGCGUAAAAGGCAAAACGUGGGGCCCGAGCACGGUGCACCAAAAGGAGCGCGGGCAAAUAAUCGCGCCGACCGCCAAAAACCACUCGCACUUCUCGAAAUCGGCCCCGAACCUGGACAAGGCGAGAUCGCCGGGUCAACAACAGGGAGGGGGUGCCACCCUCGUACCCCCCGAUAUAGAUUACGUGCCGCCGGAGGAUUGGGGACCUGAAUAUCCAAUAGGCGGCGCUAGCAGGCAUAACAUUCCGAUGCCCACAUUGUAUAACGCGGAAGGUCAAAAACUAAAACCAAAGUUAGGAAUCGUAGAACUAGUCCUGUAUAAUAUUGCUGCAAUGUUGGCUGGAGUGGCGUCCGGCUAUGAUGUAAGACUGUCUAACAUUUCACCAUUACAUCCCAGAUUACAGCCUAACAGUCGUUUAGAAGUUGUGGACAUGCCUGCUUGGCGCCCCGUAGAACCUCAAGAGUACGAAUACUCCACCGUCUCAGGGUACAACCAUAACACGUAUCACGGUCCUACCAGACAUUGUAGACCUAUGCUCACUGGCUCGCAACUGUUAACUUUACAAAACGAAGAAAAAAGACCCUUAAGGUUUACAGACUCUCCCCAACAUCAUCCUCCGAAUCCCUCGCCUAGGAGAAAAUCAAGUUCGACCAGCAAUGACGGGUCGGACGUUUAUGCCACUUUCGAAAGAUCUGACAGGUCUGCCACCAUAUACAUUCCAGGAGAUUACCAUAGGUGUCAGACUGAAACAGGGCACUGUGUGGGCUGUAAUAUAGCUCAACCAUACACGAGCACUUACAGCAACAGCCAACAGGAACCAAGUUAUGGAUACAGUUCGGAGAACAGCGGAACUACAGCCACCUUGUAUGGCUACGGUACAGACUACGCCUACGAUAAUCCCAGCAGUAUCAGUAGUCAUAGUGGGACUAGGACCCCGCAACGGUUGCCCUUACAACAGGGUCACAGAAGAACGUCAUCUAACGUAUCCAAUGCGAGUUCUACCGCCACUAGUGGUUCGAAUAUUAAUCCUAGUUUUAGGUUAGAGGAAGAAUACACACCUACUAAUUACCUCCCGAGAAGACCGCCGUAUGAAUACGACUACAAUUCUUAUUCAAGAACGAACUCUCAGGAAUUAAGCAAUUUUGAGAGACCAAAUACGUUAGAAACGGUGGGUUUUACAAAACUCCGAUCCAGCCUGAAACGAAACAACUUUAAUACAUCAACCGGGGGUCACUCGGGUGGCAACACCCCCACUAAUCCGACUCCUCCAGACAGCUUAACUAGCGAUGACAGCUCAUAUAUUUCCGCUAAGGAGAGUAACAAUGGAUCCGUUAGUAGGGUGCGUUUUUCGCCCACCACCCUAAUGGAUUUACCAGUGCCAGGUCAAAAUUUAGAUACGACAAAACCGCUUCAGGCGAGGAGAAGUCGACUGAGACCUUCCUUAGCCGAGAUGGAACGGGAAUUCUUAUCAUAAUAUUUAAUAUGAUAUUAUAUGUACUAAUACUAGUCUUUAUUUGUAAAAAAGAGAGACCAGAUAUACUCAACAAAAUUUCUAAUGAAAUCUAGUCAUGCUUAAUCAAAAUUGGAUGAAUUCGCCUUUAUAUAGCUCAAUUUUUGUUUUGUUUUUUUUUUGUUCAGUUUAGUUUGAUGCUGCCUUGUACGUUGUAAGUGUAUUGUACGAUACUGCUCAAGUGUAUUUGCUAGUUUUUUAGCACUAAAUGUUGUUUUAUGACGAUGAUCAACUAUUUCGACAAUUAAAAGUCUUUUUGAGACUCGGUCAUAAAACAGUAAUAAAAUUAUAUAAACAAACAAUCCAUAGUGCCUGAUAUUUUAAAUAAUAUAAUGAUUGCAUUUCCUAUUUAUAUUGUUGUUUUAAGAACAAAUUGUACCUGUUUUUAAAUCUAGUGUGGCGGUCUGAGUGCAAUUUCUAAUCCACAUAAGACUUGAGUUUUUUUGUCAAAUUAAUAAGUAAGACUGUGUACUCAUUCCAUUUUUUCUUCAACUAAAAAUUGACCAACUGAGCAGCUAACAUGCGGUAAUUAAUAUCGACACGUGUGUAUAAAUUACAUGACAGUGUAAAUAUGAAUUUAUUUAUACAUAGUGUACAUAAUUUUUUAUAUAAAUUAAAUUAUUAACUGUUUUAGUCAUUUGGGCGCUGCUUUAGAAGCAAGCUGCGUUAAUCCUGAUGCCAUCAUAAGAUAUUAUAUACCUAUAAGAAUAAAUGCUAAUUUUAUGUUCUUUUCGAAUUGUACAUUCCAUGGAACAGAAUGAACCUAAUACUCUUUAUUGUGUGAAUAUGCGAUGUAGCAACUAAGAAAUUUAAGUCAAUAAUAAAUAGUUUUAUUUAAACGAGA